AUGGCUGUUCCUCACUCUCUCUCGUCAAAUCCUCUCAUCUCUCGCCAAUGUCACCGUCUCUACUUCCCUUCCACUUCAUUCAAGGGAAAUGUAAGCGUAUUGGGAGCAAACCCAUGUCAGAUUCUUUCUCUGAGACUCCACUGCAAGCGUAGAACGGGAACGCAACAGCAGCAGCAAGUCGCGAGACGGCUUGUUGUAACGGCGGCUUCGUCUUCGUCGUCGGAAGCUGUAGCUCCGGAGAGAUUCCGUCUGGAUAAUCUCGGACCUCAGCCUGGUUCGAGAAAAAGGGCGAAGAGAAAGGGUCGAGGUAUAUCUGCAGGACAAGGAGCGAGUUGUGGUUUCGGGAUGCGAGGACAGAAAUCACGAUCGGGUCCUGGUAUUAUGAGAGGCUUCGAAGGAGGCCAAACCGCUCUGUAUCGCCGUCUUCCGAAACUUAGAGGAAUCGCCGGAGGUAUGCGUUCGGGAUUACCAAAGUACGUACCGGUUAAUAUCAAAGACAUCGAAACAGCUGGAUUUGAAGAUGGAGAUGAAGUGUCAUUGGAGACAUUGAAGCAAAAGGGUUUGAUCAAUCCUUCAGGAAGAGAAAGGAAGCUCCCUCUAAAGAUUCUUGGUACUGGAGAAAUAAGCGUGAAGCUCAACUUCAAAGCUCGGGCUUUCUCAACAGCAGCGAAAGAGAAGCUUGAAGGUUCAGGUUGUACACUCACUGUGUUGCCCGGAAGAAAGAAAUGGGUUAAGCCAUCGGUUGCUAAGAACCUCGCUCGAGCAGAUGAGUACUUUGCCAAGAAGAGAGCUGCAGCAGCAGAAGCAGCAGCUUCAGAGCCAGCUGCUUCUCCUUGA